AUGAGUGAAGGGGCGGCCGCUGCCUCGCCACCUGGAGCCGCUUCGGCAGCCGCCGCCUCGGCCGAGGAGGGCACCGCGGCGGCUGCAGCGGCGGCGGCGGCGGCGGGCGGGGGCCCGGACGGCGGCGGCGAAGGGGCGGCCGAGCCCCCCCGGGAGUUACGCUGUAGCGACUGCAUCGUGUGGAACCGGCAGCAGACGUGGCUGUGCGUGGUGCCUCUUUUCAUCGGCUUCAUCGGCCUGGGGCUCAGCCUCAUGCUGCUCAAAUGGAUCGUGGUGGGCUCCGUCAAGGAAUACGUGCCCACCGACCUGGUGGACUCCAAGGGGAUGGGCCAGGACCCCUUCUUCCUCUCCAAGCCCAGCUCCUUCCCCAAGGCCAUGGAGACCACCACCACGACCACCUCCACCACGUCCCCCGCCACCCCUUUCGCCGGCGGCGCCGCCUCUUCCAGGACGCCCAACCGGAUUAGCACCCGCCUGACUACCAUCACGCGGGCGCCCACUCGCUUCCCCGGGCACCGGGUGCCCAUCCGGGCCAGCCCGCGCUCCACCACGGCACGGAACACUGCGGCCCCCCCGACGGUCUUGUCCACGACAGCCCUUUUCUUUAGUAGCAGCACUCCGGGCUCCCGACCCCCGGUGCCAGGAACCCCCAGUACCCAGGCCAUGCCCUCCUGGCCCACUGCGGCAUACGCUACCUCCUCCUACCUUCACGACUCUGCUCCUUCCUGGACUCUGUCUCCUUUUCAAGAUGCGGCCGCCUCCUCUUCCCCCUCGCCCUCCUCCUCCACCACCACCGCGCCAGAAAUUAGCACCAGCCCCAAAUCUCACACAACAACAUAUUCCACGGAGAGAUCCGAGCACUUCAAACCCUGCCGAGACAAGGACCUUGCCUACUGUCUCAAUGAUGGCGAGUGCUUUGUGAUUGAAACCUUGACAGGAUCCCAUAAACACUGUCGGUGCAAAGAAGGCUACCAAGGAGUCCGUUGUGAUCAAUUUCUGCCGAAAACUGAUUCCAUCUUAUCGGAUCCAACAGACCACUUGGGGAUUGAAUUCAUGGAGAGUGAAGAAGUUUAUCAAAGGCAGGUGCUGUCAAUUUCAUGUAUCAUCUUUGGAAUUGUCAUCGUGGGCAUGUUCUGUGCAGCGUUCUACUUCAAAAGCAAGAAACAAGCUAAACAAAUUCAAGAGCAGCUGAAAGAGCCACAUAAUGGUAAAAACUACAGUCUCAAAACAUCUAGCACAAUGGCAAAGUCCGAAAACUUGGUGAAGAAUCAUGUCCAGCUGCAAAAUUAUUCAAAGGCGGAAAGGCAUCCUGUGACUGCACUGGAGAAAAUGAUGGAGUCAAGUUUUGCCGGCCCCCAAUCAUUCCCAGAGGUCCCUUCUCCCGACAGAGGAAGCCAAUCUGUCAAACACCACAGGACCCUCUCCUCUUGCUGCAGUCCAGGGCAAAGGAGUGGUAUGCUCCAUAGGAAUGCCUUCAGAAGGACACCCCCAUCACCCCGAAGUAGGCUGAGUGGACUCGUGGGACCAGCAUAUCAGCAACUGGAGGAAUCAAGGAUCCCAGACCAGGAUACGAUACCUUGCCAAGGGUACUCAGCCAAUGGUUUAACAACCCAACAAAAUGCAUCAAUAAAUAUGCAACUGCCUUCAAGAGAGACAAACUCCUAUUUUAAUAGUUUGGAGCAAAAGGACCUGAUGGGAUAUUCAUCCCCAAGGGCCAGUUCUGUGCCCAUCAUCCCUUCAGUGGGUCUAGAGGAAACCUGCAUGCAAAUGCCAGGGAUUUCUGAAGUCAAAAGCAUCAAAUGGUGCAAAAACUCCUACUCUGCUGAUAUUGUCAAUGUGAGUAUUCCAGUCAGCGAUUGUCUUAUAGCAGAACAACAAGAAGUGAAAAUAUUGCUAGAAACUGUCCAGGAGCAGAUUCGAAUUCUGACUGAUGCCAGGCGGUCAGAAGACUACGAACUGGCCAGCGUAGAGACCGAGGACAGUGCAAGUGAAAACACAGCCUUUCUUCCCCUGAGUCCCACAGCCAAAUCAGAACGAGAGGCACAAUUUGUCUUAAGAAAUGAAAUACAAAGAGACCCUGCAUUGACCAAGUGA